AUGAGUAAAUUCAACUAUGUUUUCAAACCUUUGUUUAUUGAUACUUUUGAAUAUAGCUAUAUGGAUGGGAAGACUGAAAAGUCAUUUACAGUAAAAAGAAAGUCUUCAAUUAAAGAAGGGAGGAGUUUUAUAUAAAAGAGUGAACCUAUUACCUAAUUUAACGUAUUUGAUUGUUUUAUAAUUUUAGAAUGAAUCCAUUAAAAAAAGUUAAAAGAGAGCUUAAACAAGUAGAUAAUUGAAAUAAUCUUCAUAACAUAGAAACUUAUCAAAUAAUUCUAAUACUCCUAAAAAUGGAAUUAGGUAAAUAGAAAGCCAAUUAGAAGAUGAAUUUGAAAUUUCAGAUAGGAGAAACUCUACUGAUUAGAGAUAAAAUAACAUACCUAAAAUAAAUUACUUAAAUUUUAAUGUAUUCAUAACUAAACAUAGUAGUUAAAUAGAUAGCAAUUAUGAAUGGAUAAACUAGCAAUUCAUUUUAAAAAGCAUUAAAAUUGAUAAAUACAGACAAUAAACUUAUGAGAAGAAAAACUAUUGAGACUUCUAAAGUUCCUAUUAUUAUAGAAAAUGAUAUUUAAUUAUAUGAACGUUUAGAAAAUUAAUAUCCUUCAGAUAUCAAAGAAUAAAUUGGAAAGAUGCUUGCUAUUAGUGAAAGAUAUACUCCAUAUAUUUAAAUGAGAAAGAGAGAUAAGGAGAGAGAGGCAUUUACAAGAAAUUUGUAAUUUCUUGAAGAAUCACUUUAAUAAUCAACAGCUCCUGAUAAAAAGCUUUAAACAGUUAUUUAAUAAUAUUUUGAUAAAAAGAAAUCAUUUUUAGAGGAAAAAGCAAAAUAAGAUGAAAUUUAAUUAAGAUAAUUGUCAGAAGAAACAUCUAGAAUUCGUUAAAAUUAAAGUAGAAUGAGAAUAUCAACAACUUUUUUAAAAAGAUUCAUUCAUUAAGUUGAGAAAGAUAAAUAAUAAUAAUAAUAAAAGAAUACAUAAGAAAUAGAAACUUAAAAGAGUGUUAUUUAAUCAAUAAAAUCAUCUUAAAAAAAUAAAAGAAGAUCAAAUGCAAUAUAUAGUGAAUAGGUAAAAUUUUUAUUCAAAAAAAUGUUUCAUCUAAUUGUUGAUUGUGUUAAGAAAAUGAAAUCAAUGAAACUUACAAUAAAAGAAGUGUUUUAACAUGGUGUUAUUUAAAAGAAACCAUAUGAAAGAGAAGGAUCUUUUUAAUUUUUUGAAGCUGUUGAGAAUAAUAAUUAUGAUCUAAUUAAUUUUAUCCUCAAAAAAUGCAGAUAUUAUGCCUUUGAUAUAAAUGAAUUAGGAUAAACUCCUUUACAUGUAAGUUCUAUAUAAGGACAUUAUACAAUAACUGAAAAAUUAUUAUAAAAUGGUGCUUAUCCUGAUUCAUAAGAUGUAUAAGGAUAUUCUCCACUUUAUUAUGCUGUUUAAUAUGAAAAUAAAUCAAUAGUUUAGAUAUUAUUAUAUUAUAAUGCUAAUCCUUGGUCAAAUAAUAAAUAUAAAUUAGAGACUCAAAAUAAUGAAAUAAGAAAGUUAUUGAAAUAAUCAAGAAAAGUAUAAAUUAUAUUUAAAUUUAGAUUCAUUUAUUACUGUUAUUAACUAAACAUCCAGAUAGAGAUCAAAUAUGGAUAAAUUCAAGAGAAUCUUUAUUAUCUUGA